AUGCGACAACUCAAGCAGGCCUCAAACAAAGCCUCAUUCUCCUCAAAUCCAGCGAUCUGGCAGGCGCAAGGAGAGCUGUCCAAAGGAUUUUCGUGCCCAGCCCCCAUGGGCGGUCUGGGCAGUCCAGCGGGAGUUCGUGCUCAGGUCCCGUCCUCUGUUCCCCCUGCGCCUCCCCUCGACCCAACACACCUCCCCACUUCCCCGCUGCUCACCGCCAACCUAAUUCCCCCCGACGGUCACCCCUGCAUUCCGUUGCAAAACAUGCGAAGCCGUAGAACAUUUGCUGCCUUCGUGCGCACGCAGCCCCGCUGUUUGCGCAGCAUGGCGAUUGUCUUUCAUCUCCCACCCAGGAAUUACCAGUUUCUAGCCCUCCAGACUAUCGUCUACUGGGCAAUUGUCGCCGGUCACACCGCUUCCGGAUACUCGCUCCUCAUUGGUAUACCCCUACUCCCUCUUCUCGUAGUUCAAAUAAUCCUACUUAUGCAUAUGUGGACUAGUUUAGUAACAAAGAACCGAUUCGGGCCCGUUGAGGCUCCCUCAGGACCCCUCGCAUCCAGGAAUACGAGCGAGCAAGCGCUGGCGCCGUGA